AUGCCACCCCGAAGACAACAUCUCGGUGGUGGUAGACUUCGUAAAACCACGGGCAAUAAAUUCAAAUGUCCUGGUUGCCCACACACUUUUGAUAGUCAUACAGAAGUUAAUAAUCAUGUAAAAAAAAUACACAAAACAACAUUAUUGGGAUUAACAUAUCAACAAGAUUCCAAACAAGCCAAAAAUUUGUUGUUUAAAGUAGAUUCACAUAAAGAAGAUUCAUGCAAAAAAAUUGAUAGACUUAUUAACGAGUUAUCGUAUGCCGAAAAAAUGUAUCUGCCCUUAACUGAACAUGGAUAUCCAGUUAAAAAAAUAUUUGAUCAAAGUCGUCAGAGUAUUUUGAAGUUGCAGGAAAGUUUUAGGACGUUUACCCAACGUCAACUUAGUUUAAUCCAAACUAUUCUGAAUGAAAAAGUCUUAGCAGAAAAAAAAAAAGUAACAGCUACAAUUGAGAAUUUACGUAUAGAGGUUGCAAAUCUUAAAUAUGAGCUUAUUAAAAAUAAUAAUCAAAUCAUGUUAUUAAAUAAAAGUGAUUAUUAUAUAGAACGUUGUUAUUUAUUAGAGCAAGAAAAUAGUGUCUUGGUUAAACAGAAUUUGGAAUUAUUUGAAGAAAUCAGAGAAUUACGCAAAGAAAUCGAAAUAUUAUACGAAGAAAUUAACAAAUUAAAGAAAAGAAAUGAAUCGCUUUCUUGUGUAAUUGUUAUAGAUGAUUGA